AUGGAAGACUGGGAGCUGCCUCUGGCUACAGGAAAUCAUGCUCAGCAGGCCACUGGGCAGAUAAAUCCAGAUUUCAGCUUAAAUAUGCCAGCUCACCUCAACACUCGCGAGAGAUAUAGAUACAGCGAACAGAGAAGAAUGGCAGAUCCUGUCGACUCAUAUCUAGGCCAGCAAUGCGUGCCUGCAAAGAGCGAGCUCUCUGAGCCAACCGAUCCUUACUCAUUUGGUACGGGAACAGCAUAUAUGCUAGAUGCAGAUUUGUAUAAAAAGAUAAAAGCUGAACAAUGGGCAGAGAACCUGUACUGGGAGCAACCUAGCUGUGACAACGAUGUGCCGAACAAUCCAUUGUGGUCACCAACACCAACGCCACGGCUAGAUACGUUUAUCGCCCAGACUGCUGCUCCAGAUACUUCUACAAUGGAACAGAGAGCGAAUGACGAGAAGAGUGGCGCACAAGCUUCGGAGACAGAUAAACGCAAUAGCAGAAGACGAAAGAGAAACACAUCUAUUGAUCAUACGGCGAUAGAUGACAAAGAACGAAGGCGGAUAGAGCAUAUAGUCAAGAAUCUGGAGAUCUUUGAAACCCAGCAAAAGAUGUAUGGGCGGCAGCAGCUAAAGGCAAUUGAGGAUGGGGUUGCCUAG